AUGAAGUCUAAAUUAAUAGGAACACACGAUGGUAUUUUUCAUUGUGACGAACUUACUUCAUGUGUUAUUCUGUUACUUACAAAAGAAUUUAUGGGAAGUAAAAUUAGAAGAACAAGAGAUAAUGAAAAAUUAAAAGAAUGUGAUGUAGUUGUUGAUGUUGGAAAAGAAUUUAAUGUAGAACGUCAUUUAUUUGACCAUCACCAACAAGGAUUUAAUGAACGAUGGGAAGGAUCACCUACAUUAUUUUCAUCAGCAGGAUUAAUAUAUAAAUAUUAUGGACGUGAAAUUAUAAUAAAAUUAUGUAAAGGACCACAUACAACAUUUGAAGAUGAAGAAGAAAUCAAAUGGUUUAUGGAUAAGUGGUAUUUUUUUUAUUUUGUUUCAAUUGAUGCAGAAGAUAAUGGAUGUCCAAGAGGACAAAAACAAAAUUAUAUUGAAGGGAUGGGUUCAUUAAAAAAUAUUAUUGGUAAUUUAAAUGAUUUAAGAGGAGGAUUUGAAAUUGGACUUACAAUAUGUAAAUUAGAAUUAGUUAAAUCAUUUUAUAGAUUAUUAAUAAAUUGGAGACCAACAGUAAAAAAAUAUCCUGCAACAUAUUUUAAAGAAGAAAUUGUUUUUAUUGAUGAUCAAAAAGCUGAUUGGGUAAGUUUAUGUGAAAUGGCAUCAUUAAAUAAAAGUACAUUAGUAAUUGUAAAAAAAGAAAAUAAUAAAUUUAUUGGAAGAAUUGUAAAUGAUAGAUUAAAUCCUACCUUUUCUUGGCCUAAAGAAUGGAGAGGAAUGUAUGGAUAUGAAUUAAAAAAGAUUAUUGGAAAUGGAGUUAUUUGUUGUGAUAGAACAGGAACUGAAAUUGUUUGUGAAGAUUUAAAAACAGUAGAAAAUGCAUUAUCUAUUGCAAAAAAGAUUCAACAAUAA